AAUGAAAUAAACUCGUUUUAUUAUCACUGCAAAAUCUAUCCAAACAAGCCUUAAAUUCACCGAUCGGAAAAUCUACUUUCUCAUUUCCGUCCACCGGUAAUUGCUAUGUCGACGGUGACUUCGUCGCAAUACAAUUACUUGAACGGCACAUACUUUCCGACGUCGUUUCAUCUCCAACAACAACCAUCGCAGCCCUUCAUUGGCUCUGCUCCUUCGCCAAUUGCUCCUCCCGUUGUUCCUCCUGUCUAUUCUGCUCCGGCAGCUGUUCCCGACGUUUACUCUUUACCUCAGUAUUUACAGACGCAGCAACUAUUUCAAAGAGUUGCACAAACAAUCACGCCCGAGGCAAUUAAGAAUGUGAAAGCUGCACUUGCAAGCAGUGAGAUUGAGCAAAAAGCUGAGGUGAAAAAGAAAGCUGUGCCUCGAAAGGCAGCAGGACAGACUUGGGAAGAUCUUACUCUUGCAGAGUGGCCAGAGAAUGAUUUUCGGUUAUUCUGUGGUAACCUUGGGAAUGAGGUGAAUGAUGAUGUUUUAUCAAAAGCAUUUUCAAGAUUUCCUUCCUUUAACAUGGCCAGGGUUGUGAGAGACAAGCCGACUGGUAAGACCAAGGGAUAUGGAUUUGUUAGUUUUUCCAACCCUUCAGACCUUGUCGUGGCACUUAAAGAAAUGAAUGGGAAGUAUGUUGGGAACCGGCCAGUUCAACUUCAGAAGAGUAAGUGGAAAGACAGGAUUGACUAUGAGGCUUUGACAAGACAGAACAAUCUUUCUCCAAAGAAAGCAAAGUCACCAAAGAAGAGCGUAUUGCACAAUAGUAGGAGUUUUAGAUGA